AUGUUGCUCUUCGCACACUGCAUCGCAUUGCAUCCUGUGCUUUCCUCCGUUCCUGCGCACUUGUCCAUGCAUCGGCUCGCACCUGCACAACAGCCGGCCACAACGCCGCCGCUUGCCCUACCGCCGGCAACCCCUCUUGGUAUGUCGCCGCAGCGCUUGCCGCAGUGGAUCGCUACCGCCACAGCGCUUCUCGUUGCCCCUUCUGAUCUCGACGUCUUGACUCCCCACGACGACUGCGGCCAGCAGGGUCACAUCUCGUCGCAGUGCGGCAUGGAGGCCCAGCCCAAGACCUGCUACAAGUGCAACGAGACCGGCCACAUCAGCCGUGACUGCCCCUCCAACCCCGCCCCUUCUUCCGGCGGUGCCGGUGGUGAGUGCUACAAGUGCGGCCAGCACGGCCACAUUGCCCGCGCUUGCCCCACUGGUGGCAACGCAGGCGGCGCCUUCGGUGGCUCGCGCGGCGGCCGCAGCUGCUACAACUGCGGCGGCUUCGGUCACCUUUCGCGCGACUGCACCUCGGCCCCCAGCGGCGGCUCCGGCGCCGGCUACGGCGGUCAGCGCUGCUACAACUGCAACGAGACCGGCCACCUCAGCCGCGACUGCCCCAAGCCCCAGACCAAGAGCUGCUACCGCUGCGGUGCCGAGGACCACCUCUCGGCUGCCUGCCCCACCGCCGCCUAA